AUUUUGAGACGGCGUUUGUGCUGAAACAGCUGCUGACAGCACAGAGGCACAGAGGCGCUGUGUGUAACCUUGUUAGGGUUUGAUAUAAACCGCAAAAUAUCCCUGAAAUCACACUGGUGGACAAUGGGAACAAAGAGGACCAUGGAGGGAAGCCUGAAAACAGUGGUCAGAGUCUUCCGAAGAGAGUGUCACCGGCUUCUCGACUCUGAGAGGACCACCAUUCACGGGACAGAUGAUAUGCUGAUGGUCCUACGGCUGGCCGCUGCUGAAGUCUGCAAACAGGAAAGAGGAGACUUCAGUGUGGCUUUGAGCGACGUGCUGGUGGCUUGGAAAUGCUUGCUUCUGGACAAGCUCCACCUGUCCCAUGACGGCUCCCCCCUUUCAGAGAAUUAUGACCUCAUCCGGAAAGAGUAUGACAGCUUUUUGAAGCGCACCAACACGGUGGAUCUGAUCGACGUCUAUAAUAUGUACAAGCAGUUGAGGCGAGAUGAAGACCCAGAGGAUCCCCUCACCGCAAUGCAGCUGUUCGAGUUCCUGCAUGGUAACACUGAGGCCUCCGAAGAAACUGAGCUGACCCCUCCAUGUCCAGCCACUCCGUCCAACAGAGCUCGUCGCUGCAGCUCACAGGUGCAGAGAGUGGUCAAGAGGGUCUUUUGCUCAUAUUUAGGUUUGCUGGUGAACUCUAAGAACGACUUGGCCCUCGCACACACGCUCAACGCGCCCAGCCGUUCUUUGGGGCACAGAGCCUUUACUGACCUCAAACAUGCAGCACACAACAGCAAUACAUCUCUCUUCUUGGCAGUGACAUCAUUUGUCAGAGCCGUACAGCUGGGUGGGAAAGGGUAUGCCCCCCCUCAGUCUGAUCCCUUAAGGAAGCACAUGAAGGGCCUGUCACAGUUUGUCCAUUUCACAGACCAGUUGGAAGAGAUAUUGGGAGAAUGCCCAGAUUCCAGUGUUGCUGGGUGCAGGAUCGUGUCCAGCAUCAGGGCAGCUCUCUUGAAGGGCCUCAGUAAUGGAGAUCCGGUGUACGCUGCUGCAGAAGAUACAGUGAAGGAGCUCAAAGAAAGAAUCACUCAAAUCCACACUUCUCUGAAAGAGUCUGCUUCCACCACAGGGAUUAGCCCAGCGAGGCCCAAAGCUUAUGCCAUUAAUCAUGCCACUGCCUACGGAGGCAGAGAGAGUGUGAAGCUGCUCAUGGCUCUGCUGGAUGAAGAGGCACUAGCGCCGCCCUGCAGGAAUAAGGCAGAACUUCUCACUGAAGAUCAGGCAGUUCUUAAUGGGACUGAAGGAGUGUGUCUUCUGUCCCUGUACAAAUCUCCAGAAGCUCCCUCAGGACUCUCUCCGCAGCCCUUACAAAACCGCAUCCAGAGCCAACAAGGACAUGUGAAGUCUAAGGCAAGGGAAAGAGUCAUCCGCUCCCAAUUUGCCUGCACCUACCAGGACGAUGGGCUGCCCCUGAACCGCGUGCUAGAGUUUCCCAGCUCCAGUCAGCUUCCCACCUGUGUGCAUCCUGCUCCCAAACGCACAAGCCCUUCACCUGUUAUUGCUCCUCCUGAGGAAGAACCCGAAACUACAAGCACAUUCGUGGAAGUGGAUCCAGGGGCUGCGAGUUCAGCCCUGGGGCAGCGAAGCGGCAACUCCUGCGUACGAACAGGUGGACCUGCACGGCUCCAAACGGUCACCAAGACCUCCAAAAGGAAACUGGCAAGCAAGGACUGCGUGGAACAAGGAAGCGAGGAGAACCAGCCGCCCCAAAAGAGACCCCCUGCCAAAGCCUCCAACCCUGGGCCGGCGAAGAAGAGCAGCAAAGCUGCUGGCAAGAAGCUCAUUGCAGGUCAAGGCAAGCUCACGAGCUUUUUCAGACUGUGAUUUAAAGCUUAUCUGUGGCGCCUCAUCAGCAGAUCACAGCGUGUUAUUUAUUGCCAUUUCACUGGUCUAAAUGCAUUUAAAGUGGAGCGAGCCAAAUAUGUGUAAUCAUGUCCCUUGACAUGGAUUUGCAACACUUUAGAUGAGUGCAUGAGAGAUUUUUUUUGUUUUUUUUCUUUUGACCACAUUUUGAAGAUUUUACUACUGUCUGAUUUUAACCCCUGUGGAGACAUAUUUCUGUUUACGCAGUGCGUUGAACAUCUUUAUGUGGGGUUUUAUAAUGUCCAUCAAUCAUAUUGCAGUGA